AUCUCAUCACCCUACAACAUGACGCACGUUACCCAUGUGGGCUUCAACCACCAAACGGGUGAGUUUACUGGUUUGCCAAAGGAGUGGCAAGUACUUCUCAACCAAAGUGGCAUCACACGAAGAGAGCAAGAAGCCAAUCCACAAGCAGUACUGGACGCCAUCUCAUUCUUUAAGGAAACCCGAGAAGAUCCGGACGACGAGGUGUGGCAAAAA